AUGAAUUCUCGACAUAUUUUUAGUAUGUGCAAUAAAUUACUGAUACAACAAACAAUAACCAGAGGUAACAGUUUCAAAAUUGUCAAACGUCCGGACCCAAAAACUUUGAAAAUGCCUGCCCCGGGCACCGCUCCUAGCAUUAUGGAUAUAAUAAAGGAAAAAAUCAGACUAAAUGGACCAAUUACGGUGGCUGAAUACAUGCAUAUUAUUAUUACAAAUCCUACCGAAGGAUAUUACAUGAAAAAAGAGGUUAUUGGGCAGGGUGGCGACUUUAUAACAUCGCCAGAAAUAAGUCAACUAUUUGGUGAGAUACUGGGUGUUUGGUUCUUCUCUGAAACUCAAAAACUGGGUACGGGUAAGCCACUACAAAUUGUUGAACUUGGACCAGGCAAUGCAACUUUGCUAAUAGAUGUUUUAAGGGUAGUUAACCGUCUCGGUUACAAACCUAAAGACUUAAGUAUUCAUCUUGUAGAAAUAUCAUCAACCAUGCAGUUGGUACAAGCAAAUAAAUUAUGUGUAUCACACAGAGAAGUCAGCAUUGAAAAGCCACACAACUAUGAAGGUGAAACUAUCAGUGGUAUCAAAGUAUACUGGUACAAUGACCUGAAGAAAGUACCAAAUAACUUUUCUUGGUAUAUUGCUCAUGAGUUCUUUGAUGUAAUGCCCAUACACAAGUUUGAAAAAACAAAUGAUGGAUGGCGAGAACUCUUAAUAGAUCUUGAUGGACAGGAGAAGCUUUACUACAGAAUAACAGCUGAAGAAACAGUAUCAUGCAAGUCAUUAAUAAAACCUCCUAUAGACUCUGGAGAUAGAACAGAGCUGGAGAUCAGUGCCCGGAGUCUUGGUAUUGCAAGGCAGCUGGCCACCAGAGUAGACAAAUAUGGCGGAAUAGCUCUCAUUGCUGAUUAUGGACAUGAAGGAGAAAAGGGUGAUACUUUUAGGGCCUUCCACAAGCACCAAGUGGUGAAUCCUUUGGAAAAUCCUGGAAAAUGUGACUUAACAGCUGAUGUGGAUUUCUUUCAAUUAAGAAUUGCUGCUUCAAAGACCCCAUCAACUGAAAAUUUUGCUCUGGUUAUGGGACCUGUGAAACAGAAAGACUUCCUUGAGAGAUGUCAAGCCCAAGUAAGGCUGAAGGUUCUUAUGGAUAAUGCAAAAUCUGAUGAAGAUAGAGAAAAAAUUAAAAAAUCUUAUGAAAUGCUUGUAGAACCAACGAAAAUGGGCGACAGAUUCAAAUUCAUGGCUUUUUAUCCGUCAUCAAUGGCUGAUAUUUUAAAUAAAUAUCCACCAUUAGGUUUUUCUACUCCAAAAUCGGAAGAUGGAUAA